AUGUCCUGCAUCGGUUGUUUUUUUCUUGUGGAUGUUUUAGUUGGAGAAGAAGAUGAAGUAUCGAUAAAAGAAGCAGCUGAAGCCGUAGUUAAAGGAAUGGAUUUUCAAGGUGAAGUUAAAUAUGAUACAACAAAAGAUGAUGGGCAAUUUAAGAAAACUGCAAGUAAUAAAAAAUUACGUGGUUAUUUACCAGAUUUUAAAUUUGCACCAUUUGACGAAGGUUUGUUUUGA